CGGUGCUCGGUGUGUAACCCGGAAGCAAUUUUCACCGAACACAUGGGUUGCCGACUGUGCCGAGGUUUUUAUAUUUUAUUGCUGCUGGCUGCUAACCUCCUUGGUCUCGGCGAUCAUCUUUCAGACGGCUGAAUCAUCAUCAUUUUCAUCACUGUACAUUAAUACUUAGACAGAGAAGGGGAGACCGGGACAUCCCUCUAUCAACAUCAUGUCAGCAUCUUCAGAGUCCACAGCAGCGGACGAGAACAGGAUUCCGGAUGAACAACUACAGCAUGCAGCUCACAACAACGACCAAGAUGUGGAAAAACAACCACCCGCGCCGAAACACGGCAUGCCAACUUUUCCCGAAGGAGGGUUGUUCGCGUGGAUGGCAGUGGCCGGUGCUUGGUUAGCGAUCUUCACAACAUUUGGAUAUGCGAACACAUUCGGUGUAUUUCAAGACUAUUAUCAAUUCAAAGGAUAUCCCAAUCAACCCGCAACCAAUAUCUCAUGGGUCGGCUCCGUUCAGCUCUUCUUCCAAUUCGCCCUUGGUGCCGUUGCGGGUCCCUUGUAUGACAAAGGGUACUUCAGACAUCUAAUGGUCGUCGGUACCGUCAUCUAUGUCGUUUGCCUCAUGAUGACCUCGUUGUGCAAGGAAUUCUGGCAGACUGUCCUCGCACAGGGCAUCGGCGUUGGUAUCGGAAUUGGCCUAAUCUACCUCCCUGCCCUGUCCAUUCUCUCUCAGUUCUUCAUGAAACGACGUGCGACGGCCAUCGGCAUUGCGGUCACCGGCUCUUCAGUUGGAGGUAUCUGUCUCCCAAUCAUGCUCAACAACUUGAUUGAGCAACAUGGCUUCCGGAAAGCUGUUCAAUACACUGGCUACCUCAUCCUGGGCUGUCUCGUGCUCUCCAUCGCCCUGAUGCACCCGCGAAUCCCUCCCAACCCGAAUCCACCCAAAAAGCCCUCUCCUAAGGAACUCUUGAAGGACAUCCCUUACGUCUUCUGCUGCCUCGGAGCGUUCAGUGUGGCCCUUGGGCUGUUCUUCCCUUUCUUCUAUCUGCAGGUCUUUGCCCAGGUCCACGGUCUCAGUCACAAUCUCGUCUUCUACACUCUCGCUAUUGUCAACGGCGCUUCGGUCUUUGGUCGAGUCGUGCCCAACUUGGUGGCUGACAAAAUUGGCUCGCUCAACCUCAUGACCGCUGGCUGCUUUGCAUCUGGAAUCAUCGCCUAUUCAAUCUUUGGCGCUGGCACCCCUGGAGGUCUGAUUGCAGUCGCAAUCCUCUACGGUUUCUUUUCCGGCGCCUACGUAUCACUGAUUUCCCCGGCGCUCAUUGCUUUCGCCAACAAUCACACAGAAAUCGGACUACGGGUUGGUUUUGGUUUCAUGGCAGUCUCGCUCGCAGCUCUUUCUGGCACUCCUAUCACCGGUGCCCUCCUCGAUCGUUAUGGAUUCUAUGCCCCUAUCAUCUGGAGUGGUACGACCAUCACCGCCGGAGGCGUCUUAUUCUGUUACUCAAACCUUAGAUUCAGGCAGAAGAAGGGAACAUGGAAGGUCUAGAGCAGCGAAAUGUUCCCCAGAUCAAAACAUCACAAAAGCAAUGACCAGACGAGGGGGUUUGCUGCAAUUCGUCAUCGCCUCGACUGGACUGGAGGAUGCCGAGGCGGCAUCAGACUACUAGGCUCGAUACCUGAGCAGGUCCAAGCCAUCGUCAUUACCACUACGUUGUCCUCAUUUCUCAUAUAUGCAUGUCUAUAAUAGUCA